UAAAAUAUAUUGAUUGAAAAUAAACUGGCGUAAUUUGUUAUAUAGGGCAACACAUUACAAAACGGAAAUGAAGUUUCGCUGUCAAUCGAUUGUCUAUGGCUAAAAACUCUUUUUCAUCGUUCUUCGUUUACCGUAUCGGAGGUUAGAAACAUGACUCGCAAACGCCGUAACGGAGGACGUGCCAAGCAUGGUCGUGGCCAUGUUAAGGCCGUGAGGUGUACCAACUGCGCGCGUUGCGUGCCAAAGGACAAGGCGAUCAAAAAAUUCGUGAUUAGAAAUAUCGUUGAAGCGGCGGCCGUCAGAGAUAUCAAUGAAGCCUCCGUAUAUGCCUCAUUCCAACUGCCCAAGUUGUAUGCUAAGCUUCACUACUGCGUCUCGUGCGCAAUCCACAGCAAAGUAGUGCGCAACAGGUCCAAGAAGGACAGGCGCAUCAGAACGCCACCUAAGAGCACCUUCCCCAGGGAUAUGGCUCGUCCCCAGAAUGUACAGCGGAAGUAAACUUUAAAUACAAUAAAAAUUUAAAAACCAA